GAUUGCCAGAAAUUGAUCUGGAACUACAAGCUCAUCGCCAACGACAGGUUCUACCAGUGCGGACACAAAGUGCAGCUCUGGGAACCGUGGAGCUCAGCGAAGUUGUUUGGCCGCCCAGAUACCUCUACCAGCGACAAGCAGAUGCGCAACCUCCUCCAGGCUGCGGGCGUGCCGCCUGGGGUGGCGGAGGCGAUCAAGGCGACUCAGCGGGCAGCUGCGGCGACGUUGCGGACCCUCGGCGAGCUCGAGACAGCCACCGAAGCACAUGAGGAGAAGAUCGCGGAGCAGGUCGUGGCCGAGACGGCCCAUCGACUUGCCCCUCAUACCCUGCAGAGGGAACAAGCCCGUGACACUCCACAGGCGCUGGGAAAUAAGAUUGUCAUCGGCUAUGGUAUCUUCGAGACAGCGGACCCCGAUGAUAUGGAAGAGGCCGAAAGGAAUACCUUCAAGCAAUAUAAGUUGAAGUUCGACGCAGCCCGUCCCCAGCUCGAGACGGCAGCGCAAAAGUCGCAGGACCUCAUGGCGUCCAUCAAGGGCUUCGACAUGGAGAGGGCCGCCAAGCGUAGGCGAGGUCACGGGGGCGCCGCGGGACACAAGGAGGCACCCGCGGGCACUGGCGCGGGCUCGGGCGCGGAGUCCUCCGACGCGG